CACACCUCCCUCUUUUCUCCCCUCCGCGCUCCCCUCCCCCCCCCUCUCCCUCCGCGCGCGUUUCUUCCCCCUGUCCUCCCGCGUCACCCUUGCUCCCCCCCCCUCUCCAUCCUGCGACAUGUCCCUUGCCUCCCUCUCGUCGCUGUUGAACAUGCGAUCGCGGUCAGCCCUGGCCUUUGGCGUAUCGGCCGGGAUCGGCAUCAUCGCGGCGUUCUUUUUCCUGCGGCGGCACUUCGGCACCCAGCAGAAGGCCAUUGAUGGGUGUCCCGCGCCACAGGACACCACGCCGAUGCCGGCGGAUCUGGAGCGUGAGUUUGAGUUGGCCACAUUCUUCGUGUCCAGCUCCUCCAAGGCCGCUAGCCUUUCGAACAAGCAAAAGCUCAGCCUCUACUCGACCUACCGUGCGGCGCUGGCCACCCGUGAUGAGGACGCCAGGCGCGACGCGGCCAACGCUCCCUCCGGCUGGGGCGAGGCCAAGCUCAAGCAUCAUGCGCGCUCUGUGGCCCGGGAGAACUUCCCGACUCGGGCCGACGCCGCCAUGGCCUACAUCCUCAUGGUGAAGGACUAUUUCGGCCUGGAGGCCAUCCCCGGGACUGGGGGUGUCCCCGCCCACGCCCCUGGUGAUGAGAGUGACCCGGAGUUGCUGAUGGACUCGCCGUCGGACGAGCGCCUCCGGGCAUAUACCCCGCCGGGGAUCGCCCAACUGCCAGUUGCCGAGGAUGCCACCGCUCCGGCGGGUGCCGAUGCCGACAUCCCGACCGAGGACUUUGCUAUGAGCAACUGCGUGAGCCGGCCGGUGACCGAUCUCUCGCUUCCCGAUGAACUCCCCCUGCACAACACCCUGCGGCUGACGCACUACAGCCACUUGGAGGAUCCGCUUCAGGUGCAGCACGUCCUGGCGGCCACGGUGCGCGGGUUCCCCGCCCCGGCAGAGGCCCCCCCCAAGCCGGUCUCCUCGGAGCACCCGCCGCAGGAAGUGGACACGGUCGAUGCGUCGGGCCUGACGGCCCUCCACUGGGCCGCAGACCGGGGAAUCUCCCGGGUGAUCUUUUUCUUGCUCGCGCGCACCGAUGCCGAUCCCACCAUCCGGUCGCUGCAGGAUGGGUGGACCCCGCUGCAUGGGGCCCUCCUGUGCCGGCAUGACGAUUGUGCCCGUCUCCUGAUCGGCGGCUCGGUCCCGGGGCUGGGCAUGGAGUAUGACCUGCCCCAGCGCCUGUCCAUCUUCUCGCGCAUCCAGGCCACCCUGGAGCGCGAGGCCGACACCGUGUUCGACCCGGCCGAGGACUCGCUACUGGAGGCGGUCCGCGAGGCGGUCGAUCUGCUGGACUCUCAGGACCCGGCGCGCGCCCUGUGGGCUGGGUAUCUCGCCGCGCGCGAGGCCGGCGGGGAGCCCUUCCCGGCGGCGGUGCAGGACCUCGCCGACCAGGUCGUCUCCUCGGCCAUCAGCCAGGCCCUCUCGGCUUCCAUCAGCUCCCCCCUGUCCCCGAGCCCGGAGGACACCCUGGUGGUCAAUGUCCCGGUGCAGGACGAGUCCGACUGGAGCGACCUGUGCGAGGGCAAUGCCUGAAGCAAUCCCCCUCGCUUUUGCUGCCUCCCCCUCUUGCCGCCCUUGCCGUCCGCCUGCUGCCUGCCUGUCCUGGCCGCCGUUGCGCUCCUUGUCCUUGCCACCUCCUUCCCCCUCUUCCCUUUGCGCUGUCCCAGCCGCAACGUCAGACCUGCCUCGCUUUUCCCCCCUCCUCCCCCUGCCAAUCCCAUCGGCGAGGGCGGGGCAGGGCAUGUGAAAAGACACAUGCAUGCGCCGAAACAGAGUGUACAGUGUGUUUCUA